AUGGAUUCCCGUUCUGAGGUAGAAAAUUUGGAUGAAGAUGGUUAUACUCAAUUAGACUUCCGCUCUCGAGGCAUCACUGGGAGACCUGUGGUCUUAGAGAAAGUAACUUCUGCUACAUCUCCUCAUUGGCGUCCCAUUGCUGUGACUUUGGGAAUCCUAUGCUUGCUAAUACUGGUGAUAGCUGUGAUCCUGGGUACCGGGGCUAUUUGGAGAUCCAAUUCAGGGAGCAACCCAUUGAAGAAUGACAACUUCCCAUCAAGAAAUAAAGAGAACCACAGUCAACCCACACAAUCAUCUUUAGAAGACCAUGUGGCUCCUACCAAGGCUCUCACAACCACAGGAGCUUUUUCUAGCUCUUGUCCUCCUAAUUGGAUCAUACAUAAAAACAACUGUUAUCUACUUAGCACAUCGUUAGCUUCCUGGAAUAGAAGUAAAAGACAGUGCUCUCAACUGCAUUCUAACCUCCUGAAGAUAGACAGUGCAGAAGAACUGGAUUUUAUAGUAAGGCAAAUGUCUUCUCAACCUGAUAAUUCAUUCUGGAUAGGACUUUCUCGCCAUCAGACUGAAGGACCAUGGCUCUGGGAGGACGGCUCAAUGUUCUCUUCUAACUUGUUUCAAAUCAGAAGCACAGAAACCCAAGAAAACUCAUCUCACAGUUGUGUGUGGAUUCACCUGUCAAUAAUUUAUGACCAACUUUGUAGUGCGCCCUCAUACAGUAUUUGUGAGAAGAAGUUGUCAAUAAAAUGAUGGGGGGUGUCAGUGUGGAAGAGCAGACAGAAGUAUGUAAAAUAAUAAGAAGGGCAGAAAACAAAACACAAAAGAGAGAUAUUUGAGGUCAAAAUAACUGCUGAAAAUAUCAAGAGAGCUCAGCCAACUUUAAUCUUAGAUGAGAAUGGAGAAGCUAUGAUUCUGAACUUACCAACUUAGAUGGCAGACCAGUAUUAGGUUCUAGUUAAUAGAGCCCUAGAAAUGGAGUCAAGUCAGCUGAACUUAAAUCUUCAUUCUACC